AUCUUUCUCCUUCUUAUAUAAAAAUAUACAUAGCAACAACGCCACCCUUCAAUUUCCACAUUUGUUCCCGCUUUCCAUUGUUGUUGCUGCUGUUGCUUUUCUCAGUUCCACAGAAAAACUAGGAUUUGGAAAAGAAAUGCCGCGUCGAUUGUGGAGACAUCAAGAUUCACGAUGGAUCCGUCGACUAUUGCCUGCAUGUGAUAAUGAUGUGUCGCUAGCCAGACGGCAACUAACAUGGCUUAAGGAGAAAACACGAAAUCCAACAUUGCUAGAUCGUCAUGUCUACGAUCGUGUGGUCCGACACAAGCCGCUUCAAUAUAUCCUGGGAACACAACCGUUUGGUGAUUUAGAAAUUGUGACACGACCCCCGGUAUUGAUUCCUCGAUGGGAAACAGAAGAAUGGGUCCAUCGAUUGAUUGAUAUCCUUCUACCGCAUGUAAAAGCCAAGAGCCAAGGGGCACAAGAACGACCAUUCCGUGUGCUAGACAUUUGCACCGGCUCUGGAUGUAUAGCGCUGGCGCUGGCGGCUCAUUUACCUCCUCAUCGUACGCAGAUCAUAGCAACCGACAUAUCCGACGAUGCCAUAGCACUAGCCCAACACAACUACCAUGACAACAAGUCAUUGAUACAAAACCAUGUCGACUUUCAACAAGUCGACGUGUUUUCAGAUGCAAUGCAACGGAUGGAUCCGUUCGAUCUGAUCGUAUCCAAUCCGCCCUAUAUCACGUUUGACGAUUACAAGGACUUGGAUCCGGAUGUCAAGCAGUGGGAAGACGUACGCGCUUUGGUAGCUGACGAAGACGGUAUGGCUGUUCAUCGACGAAUCGUGGAGUUGGCAAGCAAUGGAUUAUUACUGCGAUCAUCAAAGCUCCAACGACAAGGAAAAGGAGAGUCGUCUAUAACUACAACCACCAGGAUACCCAUUCCAAGGCUAGCGAUGGAGUUCGGAGGAACUCAUCAAGCUGUGUCGUUAAAGCGGAUGAUGAAACCGAUGCUCAACGACGUUCAAGUGUGGAAGGAUUUGGCUGGGAAAGACAGAGUGGUUGUAGGCGCAUAAGAAGAGAUGGGAUCCUUGCUUUUGCUUUGCGGAACAAACAGGGGAAAAAAAGACACGGGGCGCUUGUGUUGCCCUGUACCUAGGUAUAUGUUUCUGGUAUUAGUAAUGGGCUAUGGCUCAAAAACUGUCUAUCACUUGUAUGUCCCUUAGCGACAUGUUGCCCAUUUCAAUGCAACACCAAAGUCAACACAGUGCAAAGAAGAAAGAAAAAGUCGAUGGGGUAAAUGACUGAAUUACGUGGCGUGGUUUUUUUUAUCUUUCUCUAAUGAAAGAAAGAAAGACUGAAGUGGCAUAUUUAAAGUUUUGCAUG